GCUGUCAGUUUACGAUUAUCUAUCAAGAGACCUAUCUUUUGACCUGAGCUUUGCUAAAAUGUAAUGGCCGUUUUGUAGGCAUUCGCAUUUUAUUGCUUUCAAUUUCAUAUACUUUUUUUUAAGUCUGAGAUUUUUACAGUUUGUCUUCGACUUCGGUAAGAUAGUUAUAGUUUUAUGAUGAUUUGUUAGCCAAGACACAAACACCUUUAAUGGGAAGGUGACUGGGCCCUUUGAUAAGGGAAAAUAGCGUCGUUUUUGGCAAAAAGGAACACAAUCUGACAGGACAAUACACACAUGUAGAAAUGGCAGUUAGAAGAUGUUUGUCCUAUGGAGGAUGGCCCAUCCAUUGUCAAAAUAAAGCACAGCAUUUUGUACUUUCAUGUGAAAGAUAUGUCUACCAUGCAAAUGGAAAAUUUGAUAGUAAUGGACGUUUUACCAAUUGCUUGAAUUACUCACGCUGUCAACGUUAUUCAACAAGAGCAGUGAAUGUCACAACCCCAGUGUUUCUUAGAGCAGAGAAGUUUGUUGAAAACACUGCUUUAAUAACUCAACAUGGAAAAUAUAGUUAUUCAGAUCUGUUGUUAUACAGUGCCAAUUUUGCUCAGAAAUUGAAUACCUUAUCCAAUAAAGCUUUUAAUAAAGUAAAAGGGCAUGUGAAAGAAUUUCCCCUUGAAGGUGAAAGGAUUGCUUUCCUUUGUGAGAAUGAUAUGUCUUAUAAAGUUGCUCAAUGGGCCACGUGGAUGUGCAAAGCUAUAGCUGUCCCUCUUUGUAAAUCACACCCCAUAAGUGAGCUGGAGUACUUUGUCCAAGACUCCGGGGCAUGUUUUAUUGUUGGCACUGAAGAUUUCAAGAGUAAGCUGGAACCAAUAGCAAGCUCACUUAAUCUACCUCUUGUAUUAAUGCCUGAAGAUGCAUACACCAACAGUAGUGCUGUUAUUGGGGAUGAUGAUGAUGCAUGGAUGAACAGCGAAGUUAGAAAACAUUUACGAGAUGGUUUAAAUGCAGAUGAGUAUAAAAAGAAAAGAGCAAUGAUUAUUUACACCAGCGGCACAACUGGUAAACCUAAGGGGGUGGUGACCACAUUUGGCAACAUAGACGCACAGAUGCAGGGAAUGAUAAAAGCCUGGGGAUGGCGUGCAGACGACAGCAUUUUGCACGUGCUCCCAUUACAUCACGUGCAUGGGGUUGUUAACGUGCUUAUGACUCCGCUGUACUGUGGAGCGCAAUGUGUAAUGCUGCCCCAGUUUAAUCCUAAAUUGGUAUGGGAGUCACUGAUAUCGGAUGAGCCUAGGGUGAAUGUAUUCAUGGCUGUACCUACAGUCUACUCCAAAUUGAUACAGGAAUAUGACAAACAAAUUGCCAGCUCCACUCCCUACCUCCCUGCAGAACCCGGACAAGUGCUGAAAGAGAAAUUCAGGUUGAUGGUGAGUGGUUCUGCAGCGUUACCUCAGCCAGUGAUGGAGCGGUGGGCGGAGCUAUCAGGCCACACCCUCCUGGAGAGGUACGGGAUGACGGAGAUAGGCAUGGCCCUCACAAACCCUCUCCAUGGUCACAGGGUCCCUGGUGCUGUAGGAAUGCCAUUUCCUGGUGUGUCAGCUCGUGUUGUUGAGUGGACAGAGUCUGGGGACAACACAACCCUUGUCACAGCGACAUCAAAUAAUGUGACUGUUACUCCAGGAAAGGAGGGUGUGUCGGGAGAGCUGCUGAUCAAGGGAGAUAAUGUGUUUCAAGAAUACUGGAACAAACCUGAGGCCACAGCAGAGUCAUUUACCCCUGAUGGAUGGUUCAAAACAGGAGAUACAGCCCUGUAUAGUGAUGGUGUGUUUCGGAUAGUUGGCCGAACGUCUGUGGAUGUGAUAAAGAGUGGGGGUUACAAGAUCAGUGCCCUUGACAUUGAGCGACACCUGCUGGCCCAUCCAGACAUCCUAGAUGUAGCUGUAAUAGGCCUACCAGACGAGACGUGGGGUCAGCUGGUUACUGCUGUCAUGGUAACAAGGUCAGGUGACCCUAUGACCCUUGAUGACCUUCGGGGCUGGGCCCAGGAAAAGAUGGCACCCUACCAUGUACCAAGGCUGGUAACAUGUCUUCAAGAGAUGCCCAGAAAUGCCAUGGGGAAAGUCAACAAGAAACAGCUGGCUAAAGACUUGUUUCCAGAAAAGUUGUAGUCAACAGACAAGUGUUUGCAGAAUUAGCCUCACAAAAGUGCUAGUAUAAACAAACUCACACACUCCCAUCCAGUAUUAGACACUUGAUGGAAGCAUUUUUUGUUAAACUACAACAACAAGAACAACACUUUUUAAUGCAUUUAGGCAAUUAUAACCUAUAGCCUAUAAACAGUACUGAUUCAUGAAUUUGCAUUGUCAUUGUCAUUUGUGCUCAUGAAUAUAUUUAAUCAGUGAACAAAUACUGGACAUUCCAGCAAUAGAGCAGCAAAGUAAACACCAACAUUGUUCUCUUCUUUUCUGUAGGAAAAGGUGCGUAACUUAUCAUUUAUUUAAGAGUUAUUGGACCUUGCUGUACAUUUGUGAAUAUCAUUUGCAACAUAUAUUUCAUUUAUGAGUUUCAUUUGA